GGGGUCAUUUGAUUUGAGUCAUGUGAUUAGUUGUUUGAGCUUUUGUUAUGAGUUCUAUUGAAUUUUUGUUUUAGUAAAAAAUUUAGGAAGCAGGUGUAAGUUGUGGACAACAAUGGCUACUAGAACCUCAGAUGACACCACUGGUCCUGAUAUGGAUACGGUAUGCAUGCUACUUGACAAGAUAACUUUGAAACAAUUGUAUUUGAUGGAGGAGAAGAUGCGCUGUGAACUGAACAUUGAGACGAGCAUUAAUAAUGGAAGUCUUCACCUUGCAAAAUCACGCUAUAUUAUGGGUCAUAGCUCUGUAAGUUCAACAAAGUUGCCUGUCGAAGGGAGUGCAGAGUUUGCAGCAUCAACUGUCUGUGAAACUUCAGAGGACGAUGGGAUUAAACAAUUGAAAGUUAAAGAAAACAAUACCGAGAACACAUGCAACCCUCUACGAUGGUUUGGAAUAUUAGUUCCUCAAAACCUGCAUAGAGCACAACAUAUUUUUCAAAAUGCCAUAAAUUUUGUUGUUGAAUGUGUAAAUGUGCAAUUACAAAUAUAUGAAAAUACAAAUAAUAUUAAAAUUUUGAAUAAAUAUAAGAAAAUUUUAGAGGCGUAGACUAUAUUUCCAAGUACAUAUAGUAAUAAGAU